ACAUACAUUAGCUUCGGUAGAUUUUACAACUACCAAGUCUACAACUAUACAACUUACACAUCUCUUCCUCUGUAUUAUCAAUGUUUUUGUAACCCGUAAUCAGAAACAACUCUCUUUUUCCAUCUACAAAGUUUAAUUAUUUGGGAUUUAGCAGCAAAUAUCAUAUCUCAAGCAAAUUAAACUGAGGGAGAAGGAGAACUCAAAAGCGGAGAAACCAAGAAAGUUUUCUUAUUAUUACGAUUUACUAUCUACCUAGGUACCAAGUACCAUUUCUUCGUCCUUCUUCGGUUCUUCCGCCACCACUAUCUAUUUACGCAGACGCGUGAAACUGAGGAAGACGACGAAGCUACGAAGCGACGCCGCCACGCCCACCGCCAGUCGCCGUCGCUGACCUCAGUCGUCACUUCAGUAGUUCAGUCAAUCUAUCAUUCUUUGAUUUGGUGUUGAAGAACUCGAUGGAGCUUCCAUUGUCCCGAUAUCAGAAUAUAUACUCGGUACAUAUCCAAGAUAGCAUUAGAUUUCCACCAUCGGCUUUUGACUCAAAAGCCCCGUCUUUUGCUGGGUCUCAAUUAUUUCAGACCAAUGUUAAAAUACGUCCUCCUUUUUCUAAGUUUAGAUGCUCUUUGGUAAAGCAGAAUUUACGCCCUAAACCCGCCAAGCCGAAACCUUCGGAAGAAAAAACUAAUGAUAAGCAUACUGAAGCAAAUAAAUCUACUCUAGGACUAUGUGCUCAAAUAGAGAAACUAGCUUUCGGUAGAAGAUACCAAGAAGCUCUUGAAUUGUUUGAAAUUUUGGAGAUUGAGGGUGGUCAUGAAGUCACCAGUAGCACUUAUGAUGCAUUGGUGAAUGCAUGCAUCGGAUCAAAAUCAGUUAGAGGGGUGAAAAGGUUAACUACUUUCAUGGUUAAAAACGGGUUUGUGCUGGAUCAUUAUAUGAGCAAUAGGGUGUUGCUUAUGCAUGUGAAAUGUGGUAUGGUUAUUGAUGCACGUAUACUAUUUGAUCAGAUGCCUCACGUAAACUUGGUUUCAUGGAAUACAAUGAUUGCAGGGGUGGUGGAUGCAGGGGAUUAUAUUGAGGCAUAUCGACUGUUUCUUACAAUGUGGUCAGAAUAUUCUGAUGCUGACUCACGAACUUUUGCUACCAUGAUUCGGGCAACUGCAGGUUUGGGGAUAGAAUAUCCAGGAAGACAAUUACAUGCUUGUGUUGUGAAGAUGGAUGUUAGUGAUGAUAUUUAUGUUGCUUGUGCAUUGAUUGACAUGUAUAGUAAGUGUGGGAGCAUUGACAAUGCUCAGUUUGUUUUUGAUGAAAUGCCAGAGAAGUCUACUGUUGCAUGGAAUACGAUUAUUGCAGGCUAUGCGCUUCAUGGUUACAGCGAGGAAGCUUUGAGUUUAUAUUACGAAAUGCAAGAUGCUGGUGUGCCAAUGGAUCACUUUACAUUUUCUAUUGUUGUACGGAUAUGUGCUAGGUUGGGCUCACUUGAACAUGCUAAACAAGCCCAUGCAGGAUUAGUUCGGCAUGGUUUUAGCUUAGAUACAGUAGCCAAUACAGCCCUCAUAGACUUAUAUAGCAAAUGGGGGAGGAUAGAGGAUGCUCGAAAUGUUUUUGACAGAAUGCGUUCCAAAAAUGUCAUAUCAUGGAAUGCUUUAAUUGCUGGAUAUGGCAAUCAUGGCAGAGGGGAAGACGCAGUUGAGUUGUUUGAGAAAAUGCUUUGUGAAGGAAUGAGACCUAACCAUGUCACUUUUCUUGCUGUUCUAUCUGCCUGUAGUUAUUCAGGCUUGUCAAAUCAUGGUUGGGAAAUUUUUUAUGCUAUGAGCAGCGAACAUAACAUCAACCCAAGGGCAAUGCAUUAUGCAUGCAUGAUAGAGUUACUAGGCCGGGAAGGGCUAUUGGAUGAAGCUUUGGCAUUGAUUAAAAAUGCACCUUUUGAACCUGCAAUGAAUAUGUGGGCCGCAUUGCUAACUGCAUGCAGGAUCCACAAGAACUUGGAGCUGGGGAGGUUUGCUGCAGAGAAACUUUAUGGAAUGGGACCAGAGAAGCUUAGCAACUAUGUUGUUCUUUUGAAUAUAUACAACAGCACGGGGAAGUCGGAGGAAGCUGCCUCUGUGAUUCGUACCUUGAAGCAAAAAGGGUUAAGAAUGCUACCGGCAUGUACUUGGAUUGAUAUUAAGAAGCAAUCGCAUGCUUUUCUUUCUGGUGACAAGUCCCAUUCAAAGACAAAGGAGAUAUACCAGACUUUGAAAGGUUUGCUUGUUGAGAUCUCAAAACAUGGGUAUACUCCUGAAAAAAGACAUUUGCUUCCAGAUGUGGAUGAGAAGGAAGAGAAUAUGCUUUUGUACCAUAGUGAAAAGUUGGCAGUGGCUUUUGGGCUGAUAAAUACUCCAGAUCAUAUGCCACUUCAACUUAUGCAAAGCCAUCGAAUUUGCCACGAUUGUCAUAACGCACUUAAGCUGAUAGCAAAAGUCAAAUGUAGAGAGAUUGUCGUGAGAGAUUCUAGCAGAUUUCACCAUUUUAAGAAUGGGAAAUGCUCAUGUGGGGAUUAUUGGUAAAUAUGGAUACUUCCUCUUUUGGAGGACUGUAUAUUGAUGUUUUUACUUUUAUCUUGAUUGGAUCACUUUGUAUCUGCCAUUGCUACACCUCAUAAUAUAAUUAUAGAAAGAGAUAGUUGUGCUGGGUGUUUGGAGCAUACAUAGCACUUAUUAGUUUUGGGUAGUCAUAUUUUGGCUUAUUCUUUGAGAUGUUGACAAUAAUGUAGCGUUUGGAUUAGUGCAAUAUCAUAAUUAUCUUUUUCUUUUUUA